UGUCAGUCAGGGAUCAAAAUUUUUAUUAUUAAUUAUCUAGGUACACUAGGUAUUUAGUUUCAACAUUAUUUAUAAUUGAUAAUAUCUUACAUAGAAUUUAUUUAUGAAAAAUGGAUAGUGUAGUAUUUAUUGGUGAUUGGGUUAAAGAUGGAAUAUUGGGCUCAGGAAGUUUUGGAACAGUAGUAUUGUGGAAACAUCAAAAAACUGAUGAAAAACUCGCGAUCAAGACGUGUAAAUGGGGCGAUGAACUCACCGUAAAACACAAAGAAAGAUGGUCAAAGGAAGUGGAAAUGUUACAAAAUUGCAAUAACCCUAAUAUAGUAGGUACUAAAGAAUUGCCACAUGAAUUUUUAGCUGGUUUAGAGCCUAUAAAUCCGUCCAAACUACCAAUUUUAUGUAUGGAAUACUGCAGCGGCGGAUCUCUACGACAACAAUUAAAUAAACCUGAGUCUUGCAGUGGAUUGAAAGAAGAUCAAGUUAGACAAAUACUUAGUGAUGUUGGAAAUGCAAUUCAGUUUCUACAUCAGAAUAAAAUUACACAUAGAGAUAUUAAACCCGAAAAUAUUGUCAUUCAAUUGUUAGAUAGUACUGGAACCUAUGAUUUUGGUGCCCAAUGCCAAAGGAAUAUAAUAUAUAAACUCAUAGACCUUGGCUAUGCCAAGGAAAUUGAUUCAAAAUCAGUAUGUGCAAGUUUUGUUGGUACUUUACAGUAUUUAGCUCCUGAAAUUCUCUAUAGCAAAACCUAUAGUAAUUCUGUUGAUUUUUGGUCAUUUGGUCUUCUUGCAUUUGAAAUUAUCUGUGGCACUCGUCCAUUUCUACCAUUCCUAGCCCCAGUGCAGUGGAUGCCACAUGUUAAAAAGAAAAGUCAUGAAAAUGUCUGUGUUUAUGAGACUUUCCAUGGUGACAUAGAAUAUUCAGAUGAAAUCUUUUCAGAAAACUAUGUUUCUAAGCCUUUUAAGGCAAUGAUUGAAAAGUGGUUGAGAGUUGCUCUUGAAUGGGAUCCAAAAUUAAGAGGAAGGGAUUCCCCUUCUAAAGUUACAUUUAAUAUACCAUCUGAAGAAAAGGAAGUAACAAGUAAAAUUGUAAUAUUUAACCUUCUCACAGAUAUUUUAUCAAAGAAAAUUAUUAAAGUGUUUUCAGUUGCCACUUCAUCGCAACAUGCAUAUGAAAUUGAUGACAAAACAUCAAUAACAACUCUUAAAUUUUGGAUAGAAAAAGAUACAAACAUUUCUGUUCAAGAUCAAAUUUUGAUUUCCCAAAUGACAUACACAGAACUUGAUGCUAAUGAACUUAUUGUAAAACAUUGGGAUGAAAAUUGUAAUGUAAUGUUGUUUCUGUAUCACAGAAUGUAUAUUUUAAAAGAAAAUAUUGAGCCCAUAGUACCUAAAGCAGUGCAAAGAUGUCUUGAACAUCCAAAAGCUUUAUAUAAUUUCAAAAAUAGUCAAAAUUUGUACAGGAAUGGACUUUACUUUGUUAUAUCCCAAAUGGAAUUUUAUGACUCUCUUGUUAAAGGAUUAUUUGCUAGAGCUGAAUCAUUAAAACAUGAAAAGACACAGAUGCUUCUCAAACAUAAUGCAGUUGACAAAGAUAUUCGUGAACUUCUUGCAACGAAAGAAAUAAUCUUAAAUAUGUGUGAAACAGGCAAGAAACAUAUUGAAGAUCUAAAAGAAAAAGGCUUAGGGACAAAUCUACUUGGAGGUUUUGACAAACUCUUUAAAGAUGCUGAUGAUUUGAAUGAUAAAAGUAGUAAAUUGCAAACAGCAUGGUCUCAACUCUCUGUAAGAUUACAAUCAGCAGCAAGACGGAGUAAUGAAGUAUUAUCUAUAGAUCUUAACAAUUUUAUACAGAAGUAUAAUUUUCAAAAUAUAUUCAAAAAUGUUAUAACUGUUUAUAUUGCAUAUAAAAAAAGUGAAUCUUACAAUGAAUACAGAGUUAAAGAAAAACAGUGCCACGAUAUUAUGAAAAUAUGCUAUGACUGUCUCAAACUAAGAAGCAAAAUUCUUUUGGAAAUUCGAAAUCAACCGUUUAUGCUGAAACUAAUAGAUUUAAGUACUGAAUUUUAUAAAAUCGCAGACAUUAUAACACAAGCAGCAAAUAAUACUGAAAAACUAAUUAAAGAAUCUGCUGUUGUUGUUGAUGAACUAAACAAAUGUACAUGGUCCACCAUAAGUUUACUUAUCAGGGAUGCCCAAAAUUUGGUGGACCUGCCAUAUAGUGUAGUAUCUUUUCAAAAAAGUAAUUUUAAAAUUGGAGAAGCAGUCUCUAAUCAUUGUAUUAAAAUGAAAAACAAAAUUGAGAAUGAGGAGGAACUGACAUCAUUGAUUGAAGAAAGUAUUAAAUUAAAACAAAAUCAUAAAAAACUUUCUGAAAAAAUUUGUGUUCAGAAACGAUUAUUAAGCAAAACAAAUUUUGAUUACAGUUUCUUAAAUUCAAGUGAGUGAUUGAAUUUUUAUCAUAAGAUCUAUUUUUAACUGCAGUAAUCAAAGUAAACAAUGUGCCUUAAAAUACAUAUAAGUAUUUAACUUACUUUUAAUUAAGUGCAUAUUUUAUAUUACUUAAUUAAAAAAUUAUUUUAUACUAAAUAUACAUUUUUAUUAUGUUUUAAAUAAAAAUUUGAAUGAAUUUUAUUACUAAAUAUUUGACAUUGUUAUAAUGAAAUGAGAAUUUUAUUUGUUGUGAUUUGUGUUUAUUAUGAAUUUCUAGUCCAAAAACUGAAAUCUUAAUUAUUUGUUAUAAUAUAAUGUGUAUUUUAUUAUAUACUUAGAUUAUGUGGUUUUUUUUUUGUUCAGAUGUAUGUUGUUAACUUUUUCUUUGUUUUGUCUAACUCUACUGAUAUGAAAUGUGUGUAAUAAAUU